AUGGGUCCUAUGGGAAGUGGAAAAAUCUUGUUAUUGAAUUAUUUCAGGAACAAAGUUUUUCUGAAAUGCGAUGUGAUAUUGAAUUCUCGCACUGAUAAUGAGCUCUUGUUAAAAUUGUCGAAGCAAGUUGGAUACUUUCCGCUAUUCACCUCGUUGAUAUCUCUUUCUAAUUUCACCGAUGGGUUGGCGAGUGCCUUUAUUGGACAGAAGACUGUUGGAUUAAACUCCACAACUGAUGCAGAGAUCAAGAAGAUUCUUGAUACGAUGGCAAUCGCGCUAUAUGACAUUGCGCCAAAGUCAUUAACAAAACGGUCAUCCAUCGGCAAAAAUGAGAUUGUCAAAUCGUACGAUCCGGCAGAUAUUCCUAUAGUCGUGAUCGAUUCUUUCAUGUCAAAAGAUACUCAGGAGAAUCAUGAAUUAUGGGGGGACUUGGCAAAAGUGGCCGCCAUGCUGGUUGAAAAUCGAAUUGCGCAUGUGAUAUUUGUAAGCUCCAACCCUGGAAUUAUCAAACAUCUAGGCAGAGCGCUUCCGAAUAAGACAUUCAAUUACGUAAUUCUUAAUGAUGCGCCGAUCGAAAGAUCAAUUAGCUUGGUGAAGAAACAUGUUAGCAUUGCAAACGCCAAGGAACUGGAAGACUCCUUAGGGGCACUCGGCGGUAGAUUAACCGAUUUAAGAUUUUUCAUUAGCAAACUUCAAACAGGUCUCUCGCCAAAAGAGGCGUUGGAUCAGCUUGUUGACAAGGCAACAAUUGAAAUUCGUAAACUUGGAUAUGGUGAUGACACCGAAGAUUCCACAAAGAUGCAAUGGACGGGAAUCCAAUUUUGGAGUAUUAUGAAAGAAUUGGCUCAAAAAGAAUAUGUAAUAAUUUAUUUCUUUGGGGAUGAUACUCCCAUAAGAGCGAUGGAAGAAGCGGAGUUGAUUUCCAUCACCCAAUACGAUGGCCGACCGAAUCUGCUUAAGUCAGGAAAACCGUUAUACAGAGUAGCUUUCCAACGCAUACAUUCUGAUAAUUUAUUUGCUGCCACCAUGGAAAUGCAAACUUCCCAAUACUUAUAUUCCUACGAGGCAGAUAAGAUAAAGAAGUACGAAGAGGAACUCACGACGUUAGGUCAAAUGUUUGUGAAACCUCCAGGGAUUGAAAAACGGAUGAAAUUUUUGUCAGAAAGAAUUGGAAAGAGUCACGACAAGGCUGAAAAGUAUCAACAGGAAAUUGACAAGUUGAAAAAACGAAUUUCGGAUGGAAUAUAG